UUGCCGGCGGCGAAGGGGAGGAAGGGAAGGGACGGGAAGGGGGCUGCCGCCGCUGCCGCCAUGGCGAGCCAGUCGCAGGGCAUCCAGCAGCUGCUGCAGGCCGAGAAGCGCGCCGCCGAGAAGGUGGCCGAGGCCCGCAAGCGAAAGAAUCGGAGGUUGAAGCAGGCGAAAGAAGAAGCCCAGGCAGAGAUUGAGCAGUACCGCCUGCAGAGGGAGAAGGAGUUCAAAGCCAAGGAAGCAGCGGCACUUGGAUCUCAUGGCAGCUGCACCACUGAAGUUGAGAAAGAGACCCAGGAAAAGAUGAGCGUAAUCCAGCAGAACUUCCAGAAGAACCGUGAGGUGGUCCUCUCCCAGCUGUUGUCACUAGUGUGUGACAUCAAACCUGAAAUCCAUGUGAAUUACCGCAUCAAUGGCUAGUAGUGGAAGAAGGAAUGAGCAUACUGGAAAUGCUGGUAGUAACGUCUGAGCUUCAGGUGGAAUGUACAGCUCUUAGCUAUACCUUAACUGUUCUUGUAAAUGUGUUAAAUUAUUUCAGUGAGUUGUAGGUCAUCAAUGUCUUGUUGGAUUUCUGUUAGUUUCUCUCUUGACACAGAUUCAGAGCUUAUUCAAACAUUAAAAGACCAUGUCUCAAAUAUGUGCUAAGUAAUUAAAUACAUAUUCAAGUUGGCACAUUAAUGCUCCCUUUUUAUCUCGAUAGUAUUCAAUGAGAGGCUUUCCUCUGCAAAGUAGAAAGGGAAGAGAGAUGCUAGCCAGGUUUAAACGGAGAGUCUGUGUCAGUAAUUGUUAGACCUGUGUAACUGUAUUCUUGUUGACCAAAAUGCAGUUUUCAGUGUGGUGUUAACCUUUGUACAGGGGUUAAACCUUGUAAGAAGAAUUCUUUGGCUGUACAGUGUUGGCUGAUAAUUUUCAGGUGCUUGAGUUUCUCUGUAUUGAAUAUCCUCUGUAUAUUCUGCUGUUAGCUUGAGUUACAAGUCUGGCACUAUGACACUUGAAAGUAAAAACACUUAUUUAACUCCAAA